CAGGCGCAUGGCGUCCGCGCAGGCGCAGGAGCAACUGUUUGAGCGCGCGCCGCUCGGCUGACCCCGCUGGGCUUCGGGUAUCCGCGAGCGUCGGGCUGUCAAGUGGCUGACUUCCGGCUCGCGUCGGCGUCUCCGGCCCAGAGGUGUGUGCGUGGCCCCAGCGCAGCACAGCAGCCCCUGCGCAGAUGAGUGGUGAUGUCUGCAUCCACUCCUGGUCUUGCUCCUACUACCUGGACCUUGAGAAGCGAUGGGUCCCUGGGAGACUGGCCUUGAUGCCUUGCACACUGAAGUUCACGGCAGACGGGGUCGGAGCCGUUCUUGUGAGCCUGCACCUCUCCAGCAUUGUGGCGAUCAAGAAGGAAGCCUCACACUUCAUCUUCAGUGCCAUCACCAUCCUGGAGCAAGGCCACCACAAGUACUGGUUCAGCUCUCUGCGACCCAGCCGCAAUGCCGUCUUUAAUGUCAUGGAGCACUUCUGGAGGGAGCUGCUAUUGUCCCAGCAGGGUGCUGUUGCAGAGGCCACCUCCCCCGCCCUGAGCAGAGGGCAGGAGCUGACCAGGCUGAUGGCUCACUCCCAGAGGCGCCUAGAAGAUACUGCCAGGGUCCUGUACCACCAGGGUGAGAAGCUGGAAGGCGUCAUGAAGGGCCUAGAAAAGAUGGAGUCAGACCUGGAUGUGGCUGACAGAUUGCUGACAGAACUGGAGUCCCCGUCCUGGUGGCCUUUUAGCUCCAAGCUUUGGAAGACGCCAGAAGAAGUGAAGCCUAGGGAAGCUAUGCCCAUGGCUGAUGGAGAGCCAUGUGGAAAGGAAGAGGUCAUGAUCCAGGUCCCUGCAGUGAUCUCCCGAGGAGAAGAGGCUCCUGUGCAGCCAGGAGGGCUCACUGUCCUUGUGUCCACCCUGGAAAUCCAGGACUCCCACAAUGCACUCCUGCAUAGGUUCCGGAGGGCAGACGUGGACAGUGUGGAGGUCCGCUCACCCUACGAAGUCAGCAUUCGCCAGCGAUUCAUUGGGAAGCCUGACGUGGUGUACCGUGUGCUGUCUGCCAGGAUGCCAGAGGUCAUCCCCAUUUUAGAAGUGCAGUUCAGUGAGAAAGUCGAGCUGCCAGGAGACGCCGACACGGAGGGGCUUGGGAGCUCAGAAGCGGCUUCCCAGGUGGCAGGGACCCGCCCUGUGUGGCCCACAGUAUCCGGGCUCAUGGGCUGUGCUGCACCUGCAGGAGGCCAGAAGGGCAAGCAGCCACACCUGCAGGGCGCCCAGCCACUGCUUUCCGAGGGGGAUACCAGGGAGCUGACACAGGGACCCUCGGGACUAUCGAGCCUCCCUCAGGGUCAGAGAAGAGGAAAGUGGCCUGGCCACCCUUGGGACACCCUUGAUCCUGAGCAAGCUGAAAGGGCUGGCCCUGGACACCAAGGCAGAGCUGGAGAGACAGGACGCGGCUUUGGAGGACAUCACUGCUGCUGUGGAGCACGUCACCCUGACCACAGACAAGCACAGCCAGCGCAUGAAGCGGCUGACCUAGGAGAGCUAGAGCACAGCGCAGCCCCAGCCCUCACACCUGUUGCCUGCAGCCGUGCUCCCACCAUCUCCUGCAUUUGCAUUGCUCCCUGUUCCCUGGCCCUAGAGAAAGACCUAAGUCCUCGGGAGGCCCUGCCCAUGUCCCCUGCCUCAUCCUCUGGUGGCCCUAGUCUCUCGCUGGGUAUCACCAGUCCAGUCCUCAUCCAGGGUAGCCAGCAACACCAUCCAACUUCACCCUGGAGCAGGGAUGCAUGCCACCCUUCACGGAAACACCGAGUCGGCUGCUGCCCGGGCCCCCAGGAGUGGAGGAGGAGGCGUGCAGGCCUCGCAGCCCUGAGGUGGAGUGGUUCACAGAUUUAGUGGAUACACAGUGAUGACACGUGUGCAAGCCACGUGUGACAACACCACACCUGCAAGCACACGUGCUGAUCCAAGCAGGUGAGCAGCGUUACUGCCCCCAAUGCUAACCAGGACUUGGUGUUGGGGGCGGGGAGGGGCCUUGCAGCUCCUCUCCUGGUUCUUUCUGGAGCCCUAAUAAACUGCUAUGAACUCCAGCACCGCCCUGUGCUUGCUGGACCUGGAAGCCGCCUGUUCCUCCUCCUAUGGAUGUAGCCCUGCCCUGUCCCUCCACUCUGCGCCAGGGCAGCUGCUGGGCCACUGACACAGGAGUGGGAUGAUCUUACCUGCGGCUGGCAGCAGAUAUGGAUCUUUCAGCGAGUGUGCUCCUGGGGCACCCACGUUUGCUGGGGCUGAGUGACACCCAUGGGAGUCCAUCCAGGGGGCAGGAGGAGCAGAGUCAGAAAAGGGCCACUUGGGAGGACUGGGUUCCAAAGUGGCUGCGAUGGGUCACACAGUGCACCUUUCAGAACAGCUCUGAGAAGGAUAUGAGCGCUUUCCUCACAGAAACAGCCAUACUUAUGGAGAGAGAAAUGCUAAUCAGUCUAGCUGACCGCCAUGCACCGGAGAUGCAUGGAAAGGUCAUCCUGCGCCCCACGUCACUUGCUGCCCCCAAGCCUGUGAGCAGGGAGGGCAGAGUGAGGUGCAGCCAUCCACCCAGGAGAUCCCAGGAGCAGCACUGGCAGUGGCCCGAGAGGGGCUCUAGGUCCCCAUGCUUGUGGACAGAUGAGUCCGGGGGCUGCAGCAUCUGUCUGUGUCUUAGAGACCCCACCUCACAGCUGAGGUCCUGAACCUCACCCCAACUCAUGCAUUAGUGGUGUUAGUACAUGGGCAGGGCCUUGGGGAGGCAACAGGGAGGGCAGGUCCCCCAUGGCACCAGAGGCUCCAUCAGGAGAGGAAAGCUGGAGCUGGCAGCCUGCUGUGUGGCCUGCAGAGCCUACAGCAAGCAGUAGUGUGAUCAAGAGGGCCUCAGCAGGUGUCAGUGUCGAGCUCUUGGACUCCCUAGCCUCCAAAACUGAACCCAAUAAACUUACAAAUGAC